UAUAUAGAGGGUGAGUUGGGAGUGAGAAGCCUGAGUUCCACUUGGUCGCUGAAACACUAAACUACACUCCAGCCGAGUCCAAGUCUCUUGUCGAAGAGAAAGAAGAAAGAAAGCAACACGGAAAAUAAUUCAGGACUAAUCUCACGAAUUAAAGAUAGAGUGCUCCGUUCUUCUUAAUCCUGUAGUCCACCACUAAAUCCUCUUUCUUUCCAUUUCUUUCUCCUCCACUUCAUCACUCAUUAACCCACGCUUAGCAUCGCAUUAAGCAUCCACCAGUAACCACACCUGUCCAGCGAGAUCGUCGGAUCGUACACAGACGAGAAAAAGAGGGGAAAUUGGACUGCCCAGAUCUAUCAAGAAAGCCGACUCCAGUUAUCCAAGUUUUGCCACUUUCGUGUCUUCUCACCAACCCUUUCCGAAUCACACGGUCUUGCAGCACGAAGGCGGACAGGCGAGGAUUCUUCACUUGGGUAGCCAGACCUGACGGAACUACUGAUUCUUGCAAACUACUCGAACGACGGGAAGAAAGGGAAUUUUUGGAAUAACACACACAAGUCUCGACGGAAGAAAAAUGAAUUCGUUUAACUGCUGGAUAAUUCUGAGUGCAUCAGCGUUCCUCCUCCUCCUGAUCUCCACCACAGCUUCUUCCCAAGAAGCCACAAGUUUACAGGAUGAAGACCUUUCUAAUAGUAAAAGAGCGUGGAAGGACGUUGGGGCGUCGUGGGGCAAGCGAGGAUGGAAAGAUAUGCAAGGCACUUGGGGCAAGAGGGGAUGGGACAAAAUGAGUGGCUCUUGGGGAAAGCGAGAUGACGCCGAGCUAGAAGAUGCUUGGGACGGGAUUGAGAAGAGACCAGAAUGGGGAAAGUUCAAAGGGUCAUGGGGAAAGAGGGCGGCAGUGGGUGGCUGGAAUAAUCUCAAAGGAUUGUGGGGAAAGCGGUCUUGGGGAAAAUUGUCAAAAUCAUGGGGAAAACGGUCCGACUCUCCAAUGGAUUAUGAACCAGUCUCAGAAGCCGAGUGAGGGGUGAUCUCUGGAAAGAGUGAAUAUUCUGGUGCUACGAGGACUACUACCACUUAAUCCUAUAUUACUACUACUAUUAUUCUACUGUAAGAAGAAGCGUUGAGAGGAGGAUUAUUAUUAUUACCUAAAUACAUACACGAAUUGAUUUCAUAUUUGAUACACGAUACAUUCAUUAAUUAUAGAAAUAUAUCGUCAUCUACUAGUUGUAAAUAACCACAUGUAUAUUUCUCCACCCACGUGAUAUACUUAGCUCUAUAAAUCUGUAGCCAGACUUUUCAAACCUGUUUCCAACGCUGUGCUACAUGGAAACAAGUAAGAGAAGAACAAGAAGCAUGGAUUAGCAUAUUACACGGCUUACAUUUCCUCAAAUUUUCGAUUGCUACAAAAUACCGAUAUACAUAAUCUAUAUGUUCUGCCUCCCACACAUGCUUACUCAUAAAUAAAUACAUACACCAGGUAGAAAGACGUCAUCCAAAGGGUCGCUCUGUUCCAACUCCCACUUGAAGAUAAAACUAAAACCCAGGGAUAACAAGAGAAGUUAACUUUUAUGCCCCUCGACUAAAGAAACAAAAUGUAUGUAUGUAGAUGUUAGGCAACACACACACCCUUAUUCUAGCUAAACGUCCUUUACGAAAAUCUGAAUAAAAACAUUGUCUCUCUCUCUCUACAUCUAUCUCUGAUUCCUGACCACUACUGUUAUAAUACAUACCUUGAACUUUAAUGCCAAGAUUUCUGUCUGGCUUAAGAAUAAAAUCACCUUAUCUUCUGUGGCACUUCUAACUAGUUUUGUAAUAAGGUUAAUUACUUAAUUAGACGGAUAAAUAUAUGGUGCUUAGAUCAACUUAACUUUAGUAUACGUACAAGCUUAACUAGCGGUAAAAAAAGCCUGGUACGUCUGAAGGGAAAAUACUUGGAAUCCAAAAAUUCACCAGAACGAAAAUUUUCAUGUCGAUUAGUUGUUUCCUAAGCUUUUAGAUCAACAAAUAGAAUUACGAUUAUCUACUGAUAAGCUUAAGUCAGGAUACAAAAAAAAAUGUAAAAAAAAGUACGGCAUGCUUGCAAAUAUGUCUAUUUGCACUCGUCACCAGCAAGAAGCAUGAAGAUAACAAAGCAGUCAAACAACAAAGUGGCCAAGUUGAGACAAGUUGAAAUGAUCACUUGUCACCGUUUUUACCGAGGGGAUUCCUCUUGAUUUCACGACUUGGUUGAUUCUUCUGGCCACUGUACCAUCAAUUAUUCUUUUCUUUAUCUGUCCUUCCUCUGGUGCAUGCACUAAAUAGUUUACGUACAUUGUUCUAUUGUUAGUUCCACCUACGCGAAAAACUGAAAAAAUAAAGUAGGAAGUUUAAGUAAAGAGUUUUCUUGGAUUUUGUUAGCAAUGUGCUCCCUCAUCCUCCUGUGUCAAACCGUAUAUAAAAAUAUACACUGCAUCCAUAAAACGUGUAAUAUGUUGUAAACUACAAACUUUCUAUUGCCUACUUAUUCUGUAUAAUUGAAAUGUAAGAGACUAUUUUCUAAUAGAUUAGUAAAAAAAAUCAUUGUGGUAAUAAAGAAAGUAGUUAAGUACGUAGACUGCGGGUGAAUUUAGUUAAUAUUAGCCAAGAAAAAUAGAAUUCUGACUAUGAUUGAUUACACGUACGUACAUAUUCUUCUUGGUUGUGUAACAUAAUUGCAUUUCACUUGCGUCGAGUAUAAGAAAACUUAGCAAGCAGGAUUAAAAUUAGCUCGUCGUAAACUUAUUCGCACUUGAUUUACAACGAUUUAUCUUAGUGUUUUUCCUUUAAUGAAAAAAUAAUGUUGAUUGAGGGUUGGUAGGAAAUAGAAUUGUUAGGAAAUACGAUUCUUGAGAAACAUAAAGUUCGGAUAACCUAAAAAAAGAGAAUGAGGUGUGAGGGAUAAACUGAUUAUUUCCAAUUCUUGAUUUCCCCCAGACCCUCCUUUACAGUUACAUACAUACAUAUACAACUAUCAAAGAUUAAAGUACGGUUACGAUUAGACUAGAAGUAAGAACAUGAUUUUCAUAUUUAGUUCAACCCCAAAUAAGGCCAAACCCAAUUCUUAUUUUAUUUUUAUAAUUCGGACAAUUUUUCCCUGAUUCUCGUUAUUUUGUGUACUUUUAAGCUUGGUUCGCUCUUCGCCUGCUUGAUUGGUGCAAAAAUAAAUUACCAAAUUGAAUUUAGAAUAGUGAAAUGAAAACUAAUAUUACGUAUCUAAUUCGGUGCUAGCUACAUAUUAUUGUAUACCCUCAUGAAAUAAAUUAAUAUUGCAUUUAAUUUUCGAA